GCAGCAGCAGCAGCAGCAGCAGCAAUAACUGCAGCAGUAACUAUGAGGGUCCGCGGAGGGGUGAUUCACUGUAGGUGCUCCAAGUGUUUUUGUCUUCCUUCAAAAAGAAGAAUAAAAAAGAGGCCCCGAGUCUUAACUCUAUUGAGUCUCCCUGAAGAUGUCCUCUUUCAUAUACUGAAAUGGCUUCCUGCGGAGGACAUUCUUGCCAUCAGAGCUGUCCAUCCACAUCUUAAGUAUCUUGUAGAUAACCAUGCCAGUGUGUGGGCAUCUGCAAGCUUUCGGGAGAUGUGGCCUUCUCCGGAGAACCUAAAGCUUUUUGAAAGGGCUGCUGAAAGUGGUAAUUUUGAAGCUGCGGUGAAGCUGGGGAUUGCCUACCUCUACAAUGAAGGCUUGUCUAUUUCUGAUGAGGGUCGUGCAGAAGUGAAUGGAUUAAAGGCAUCACGUUUCUUCAGCUUAACGGAACGCCUGAAUGUUAAUGCUGCUCCAUUUAUCUGGCUAUUUAUUCGCCCUCCAUGGUCUGUGUCUGGGAGCUGCUGUAAAGCUGUAGUCUUUGAAAGCCUCAAAGCAGAAUGUCAGUUUCAAAAAGUUCAUAAAGGAUCUAUACUAUAUUGUUUGGGUAAAGUUUUGAGCCUUUUUGAGGAUGAAGAGAAAAGAAAAGAAGCACUUGAAAUGUUUGAGGCAUCAUCUAAUCAGGGAUGUUUAAAUAGUUCUUACCUCCUUUGGGAAAGUAGUCAGAGGACUGCUAUGUCAGACCCUGGAAGAUACCUCCAGAGCCUCCGGAAACUCAGGGACUAUGCAACCAAGGGCUGUUGGGAAGCACAGUUAUCUUUAGCCAAAGCUUGUGGAAAUGGAAACCAGCUUGGAUUAGAAGCAAAAUCUUCAAAUGAGGUGGUGUUGCAGCUCUUUCAGGCUUCUCACCCUGUCAGUAAAGAGAGCAUCUUCACUGUGCAGAAGGGAAUGAAUGACACAAUGAGGUACAUUUUGAUUGACUGGCUAGUAGAAGUUGCCACCAUGAAGGAUUUUACAAGCCUCUGCCUUCAUAUGACAGUGGAAUGUGUGGAUCGUUACCUAAAGCUGAGAGUGGUGCCCCGAGCCAAGCUGCAGCUUCUGGGAAUUGCUUGCAUGGUCAUCUGUACCCGUGAGCCUUCCAUUAUGAAGAAAAGCUUAAGUAAAAUUAACACAUUGACUGCAUACACAGCUUUCCACUCUGAUGGUCCCCCCACCUUUUCAGUGAAAGGAAGAAGUUUCAUAAGCAAAGAGAUCUUGACAAUUCGUGAAGCGGUUUGGCUAACAGAUAACACUUAUAAAUAUGAAGAUCUAGUAAGAAUGAUGGGAGAGAUCAUUUCUGCCCUGGAAGGAAAGAUUCGAAUUCCUACUCUUGUAGAUUACAAAGAAGUGCUAGUGAAUGUCAUCCCGACAGAGAGAAGAACUCUUCACCUGUACAGCUUUAUCUGUGAACUCUCCCUGUUGUAUACAAGCCUCUCUGUGUACUCCCCAGCCCAUCUGGCUGCUGCAGCCCUUUUGCUGGCCAAGUUGAUGCAUAGGCAAGCACAUCCCUGGACAAGUCAGUUGUGGGAAUGCACUGGAUUCUUCUAUGAAGACCUGAUACCCUGCGUUUUGAGCCUUCACAAAAAAUGCUUCCAUGAUGAUGCCCCAAAGGAUUAUAGGCAAGUUUCCUUGACAGCUGUGAAACAACGUUUUGAGGAUAAACGAUACGAAGGAAUUGGCCAAGAAAAGGUAAUGGGUUAUGGCCAGUUGUGCAAGUUAUUAGGAGUGAAGCAAGAGGACACAGAACCUUCUUCUUCCCUCAAUGUAACAGAAAUUCAGACCUUCCUCAACUCACCUUCUGGAAAGAGAACCAAAAGAAGAAGGGAAAACAGCAUUCAGGAAGAUAGGGGCAGUUUUGUAACAACACCUACUGCUGAACUAUCCAGCCAAGAGGAAACUCUCCUGGGCAACUUCCUGGAUUGGAGUUUGGACUACUGCUCUGGGUACGAGGGAGACCAGGAAAGCGAAGGGGAGAAAGAAGGAGAUGUCACAUCUCCUAGUGGGGUCCUCGAUGUAACUGUGGUGUAUCUGGAUCCAGAACAGCACUGCUGUCAGGAGUCCAGCGAUGAAGACAGCCGACUAGAGGACCACUCUAAAUGGGACGCGCCGCCAUCAAGCCGCACGAAUGCUGAGAAGCACUGGCUUCUUUUUCAGGAUAGGAGGGAGUCCAGAACAGAAGUGACCUCGGGCUAUUCCUCAGUCAACAGCGCAAGCCCCACAUCCUCCUCCAUGGAGAACAACUUUGGAGCAUUUAUCAAAACUACCUCAGCGCUGUCCCCCGGCAGUGACCCGAACACUCACCCGUGUACGCCCACCUACUUGGAAUCAUGUUUACAGUCUCUUCACACCAGUCCCGUGGAAAGUGGCCUGCACCGGAGACAGGUGAAGAGGAAAAAUGUGGCCGAGCAUAGUGACAAGAAGAACUUGGGAUUCUGGAGUCUGUGAUUGUGUGUGUGUGGUGUUUGUCGCUUUCAAUGUUUACUAAAAGGAAAAUUUCUGUAAUGCCUUCUAAGGGUUGUGGGGGGAGGCCAACAAUGUAUACCUUAUAAACUCCAAAGGCAACAGACGUACAACCUGCUGGGGUCUCCCGGAUCGGCAACCUCAGCACGUGGAAGAUGGAGACAAAUCACUGUUGGCACCAAGUGGAACUUUCUUCCGUUUAGUUCUAUGCAAAACAAAAAGUGCACAGUUGAACUCUCCAUCAAAAAGAAGAGUACCAAAUCCUUCUCUUUGGCAAUGCAAGCCCCAAGCAAUCAUGCCUUAUUGUGUUAAGUCUGUUUUCACCACCUUUUCUUUCUGUGGGGUCUGCCCUGGCUCUCACUUAAGGUCUCUUUCCAGUGGGAUUUUUUACUGAGUAAACUUAUGUCCACGCACAAUCCAGUGCCAGUAUUCUAGGCUUCAAGCAACAUUGAAUUCAAAGGCACAUUUCCUGGGAAAUGCUUUAUUGAUGUUGCCCCUCAGAGUGACAGCCGAUAGGCUGCCUACCCCUAGCAUUCGGCAUGGUUCUCUGGUGCAGUGACUCUACCUACAGGGUUUUGGCUGGGCCUUGGGAAACUACAGAUCUCAUUCAGAAAGGAUUCCAUCCCCAUGGAGCCCUAGAAAUGUGUCCAAUCGUAGCAGAUUCUAUUUUUAAGAGCUAAAAAAGAUGGCAUAUUUUAGCUUAGAACUCCCCGUCACUAACUAGGUUGUCUGGAGCCUUCACUGCCAAGUGCCUUCCCCACCAACUUUUAGCUCUUUACAGAGAGUUGGUUUUUACAAUAAAAGAGUCAAAUACUUUUUUUUUUUUAAAUAACCUCAUUGCUGUUUGCAUCUUUACUGUCUCUACAUCCAGUGUUGGUGCCAAGAACUGCUCUUUAUACAGUGGAUUUUAAGACCACUCUUAGUUUAUUACCAUUGCACUGCCCUCACUUAAAUUCAUCCUUUAAGAUGAAAAUAAACUCAAUUUCAAGAGGAAUAGGAUUUUUUUUUAAUUCCAAGUCCUAUUUCCAAAUGGCAUCAUGAUGAACAUAUGCUGAAAGCAUUUUCCUUAAGAUGUGAUUUCUUCAACCCGCUUCCUGCCUGAAAAUGGCCAAAUAGAUUGGGGGGAGGAGAACGGACAAAAAACCAAUGGAGUUUGGGUUUGAAGGGUUUCGUCAUUGUAAAUUGUCUGAAAUGGAAUAACACUGAAACUGUAAAGUAAUUGUUUACUUUUAUUAAUUACUGUGGGUGAAUGCCAGUUUUUUUUAGCAUCCCUUUAACUAUGCAAUAUUGAAGAAAUAAUGUGCGAGCCAAUAACUUCUCAUUCUACAUUUUCCCCUGGAAUUAGUGCAGCAGACAGGAUUUCUUUGGAAACAUGCCUAGGGAUGUGACUGUUUUGAGGCUUAAACUUAGAAACUCAAAAUUAAGGAAAGUCUCAACUGCUUUUAAAUUAAAAUGAAAAAACAUAUAGGCUAUGAGGGUGUUGUUAGAAGGACAUUAUAGAUGUUUGAGAAGCUUAAGGCCCAAGUCACUGGUUUCAUUGGAAAGUUCCCUGACAAUUGCAAAUCUUACGGUGCUGUUGGAAAUUAGCCCUUUCCAUCUUCUUCCUUCCCCCCCAACCCCAACCCCUGCAGCCUGUUAAAGGGGUUUCAGGUUAAUCCCAAAUUCCUGGAUUUACUGAAUUGGGUAAUGAUGAUGGAAAGGAACAUUAAAUAGUCCCAUUAUUCCUGGUCAAGCCUUUUCUCGUGUUGUAAAAAAAAAAAAAACAAAAAAAAACACCCUCCAUGUUGGUC